CCCGCGCGGCGGGCGCUGAUUGGGCGGCGGCGCGGGCGGGCGCACGCGCAGCCGUUGGAGGCCCCGGGCCGAGCCGCUCCCUCAGCGCCGGUACCGCCGGAACCGCCGCAACCGCCGCCACAGCGGCACCGGGCGGGCAGCGGCACCCACCGCCCCGCCGAUGCGCCGGGCCGCCGCCGGGCCCCGCGCGCCCGUUGGCUGAGGAGCGAGGCGACACUUGCGUCAGACCGCCGGCGCUGACGUCACGGGGUGCGCGCGUGACGUCACCGCGAGUCUGAGAGGCUGGAGAGGCUGUGAUGAAGAACCAGGCACUGGAGACCAAAGCAGCUCCACGUCCUUCCAGAACGAGCAGCGGGAUGGGGCUGGAGGAGGGAGAUUCCCCAGAGGCUGCAGCUCCCCCAGAAGCUCCCCUCACGCAGGAGGAUCCCAAAUCCUCGCGGGACGUCUCGGAGGAGCUGAGCCGGCAGCUGGAGGACAUCCUCAACACCUACUGUGUGGAUGCCAGCCAGGAGAACCCAGGGGAGGACGGGGGGCAGGGGGAGCCCCCCGAGCCCGAGGAGCCCGAGAAGGGCCGCAGUGAAUCCCCCCGGAACGGGGAGCAGGAGCCGGGGGGCCCCGAGAUGAACGGGGAGAAGGAGAGCUCCAAGGGAGGCGAGGAGUUCCGGCCCGGAGAGGAGGGCGGCGAACGGGACCAGAAGAAAGCUCAGGAGAAGAAGAAAGCCAAGGGCUUAGGCAAGGAAAUCACUUUGCUGAUGCAGACCCUGAACACCCUGAGUACGUCAGAGGAGAAACUGGCAGCUCUGUGCAAGAAAUACGCCGAGCUGCUGGAGGAGCACAGGAACUCGCAGAAGCAGAUGAAGAUCCUGCAGAAGAAGCAGAGCCAGCUGGUGCAGGAGAAGGAUCACCUGCAGAGCGAGCACAGCAAGGCCAUCCUGGCCCGCAGCAAGCUGGAGAGUCUGUGCCGGGAGCUGCAGAGGCACAACCGCACCCUCAAGGAGGAGGGCGUGCAGCGAGCCAGGGAGGAGGAGGAGAAGAGGAAGGAGGUGACCUCGCACUUCCAGGUGACGCUGAACGACAUCCAGCUGCAGAUGGAGCAGCACAACGAGCGCAACUCGAAGCUGCGCCAGGAGAACAUGGAGCUGGCAGAGAGGCUCAAGAAGCUCAUCGAGCAGUACGAGCUGAGGGAGGAGCACAUUGACAAAGUGUUCAAGCACAAGGAGCUGCAGCAGCAGCUGGUGGAUGCCAAACUGCAGCAGGCCCAGGAGAUGCUGAAGGAGGCAGAGGAGAGGCACCAGCGGGAGAAGGACUUUCUGCUGAAGGAGGCUGUGGAGUCGCAGAGGAUGUGUGAGCUGAUGAAGCAGCAGGAGACCCACCUCAAGCAGCAGCUGGCUCUGUACACGGAGAAGUUUGAGGAGUUCCAGAACACCCUUUCCAAAAGCAGCGAAGUGUUCACGACCUUUAAACAGGAGAUGGAGAAGAUGACCAAGAAAAUCAAGAAGCUGGAGAAGGAGACCACCAUGUACCGCUCGCGCUGGGAGAGCAGCAACAAGGCCCUGCUGGAGAUGGCAGAGGAGAAAACCCUGCGGGACAAGGAGCUGGAGGGGCUCCAGGUGAAGAUCCAGCGCCUGGAGAAGCUGUGCCGGGCGCUGCAGACGGAGCGCAACGACCUCAACAAGAAGGUGCAGGACCUGUGCGCGCACACGGAGGCGGCGGAGCCUCCCAAGGACCCGCCCCGCCACAGCCCCGAGGCCGCUCCGGAUUCGCCGAGCCCCGGGAAGGCCCCGCAGAGCCCGGAGCCCGCGGAAAUCCCGGCAGGACUGAGCACGGGAGCGGCGGGGCAGGGCGGGACCGAGGAGGGGAACCGGGGCACCGAGUGAGCCCCGGGCAGGGCACGCAGGGAGGGUGAGCUGGGAGCUGCUUUGGAGUCCCCUCUGCCUGUCCUGGGACAGGGGGGGAAGGACUGGACACGGCCCUCUUGGGAGGUGAGAUUUCCUAGUUUAGGGUUUUUUGGAGGAUUUUUUUUAAAAAAAAAAGAUUUUAUA